GUAUUGCUUACUGUUUGAAGAAUGUCACUAUCUUCAAAUUAGCAAACUCCUUUUCAUAAUUACUGUCUUAUCGACUUUGAGGAAAGGAUGUGUCAAUACACUUAAAAUAAGGCAUUUCCCUCUCUUUUUUAAAAAAUCAUUUAUGUAUGCUAGGCUAAGUGCAACUUUAGUAAACCAUACUUGUAAGAACCAUUUUUAAAAGUAUUUGUAUGUUAGAUUUAAUUCUCUCUUGGGGUAUAGGUAUGGUGGUGGUGCCCUGAGAAAACCCAGCAGUGAAUGUGAAGAAGUUCUGCUUCUAAGGACCUUCUUAGGACCUUAAGAUUAGGAAAAGAGAGGCAGAGUAUGUGAGAGAGAGUUUUUAAGAGUGUGUUUUUGAGGUCAUGUGUGCUUUGAAAGGUGAGAGGUCAGCCUCAAAUGCGCUUCCUAGGAACUGUCCUUGGUUUUUGAUACAGGGUGGCUCACUGGGACUGGAACUGAGGAAGCUAGGCUGACGAGCACACGAUUGAAUGAGCUGCUGCCCCGGCCCUUGAAAAAGGGUUGCAAAGUAUUUAUAUACUUGGUUUUUAUUUGUAGCAUAUCUUUUGAGUGCUAUAGACUGUGAUUCUCAGUGGUGGGUUGGGCGAUAUUCUAUACUAAUUGGCAAUGUCUAGAGACAGUUGUGAUUGUCACAACUGAAGUACUGGACAUCCUAAAUGCACUAGAUAAACCCCUUCCACCCUCCAAGACUUCUCAAAGCCAGUGAGCAGUUUUCAGACUUUGUCUCCACUCUGUAUUAAGUAUAUAUUGCGAGCUGAAGUGAAGUCACCUUUUCCCCAUCUGUUUCUUGUUUCCUGGUGGCAAGUGCUGCUUUUCACUCACUGCUCAAGCUAAAGGCUGAGGUGUCUCUAGUUGUCAUUGUAUUCUGUCUCUCACUCCACCCCACCACCUUGGCUCACAAUGUAGCUCAGGCUGGCCUCAAGACAGUUCGGGGUCACCUUUGUCCCACCAUGCCUGGCUGGCUUUAUCCACCAGCAAGCUUUUGGGCUCAUUCCUGCUGCUUUGACUAGUUCGUGCUAAUUUAGUUUUUAACUACAGAUUUGUUUGUUACUGUAAGCUACUCUAUGCCUGCUGUGGGACAGUGUGUACUGUUUUUUCUGUGUAAAGUAUUUGUAGUUCUCAGGAUUUCUCCCAUUUUCCCUGUGGCACAGCCUUUCUUCCUGUCCAGGUUUUUCUUCAUUGAGGAUUCAUCCUAGCUGUCAUUUUCUGGAUAUCUGUGCUGACUCUUAUCUUCUACCAUAUUACAGAUCCUGUGUCUCAUGAAGCUAAUGGAUAGCACAUGUUGUAGUCAAUUUCUUGUACAGCCAUCUAAAGUUCUUUAUUUCUUGUUACACAUACUGAACCCCACCUGUAAUCAUAGCACUUGGGUAGUUGAAAAAAGCUCACCAGUUUAAAGAAGUGUAGCUGAAGUUUGGCUACCAAGCAAGUUCAAGGCCAUGGGUUAUGUGAGUGAGACACUCCUUCCCCAAAAAACUUCUGAAAAUAUUUUGCCUUUGGCAAAUGUUCACAAUGGUAAUUUUAAAAGAUGGAGAUAAGAAUAUUGGUUUUUAAAGUGAAGAAAUGAGAGUUUCUUAUGGAAAAAAGAAAGGGAGAUCGGCCUGUGGAGCUUUGCAGUAGGAGUCUUGAUUAGCAUCAAGCCUAAUGACUUCUUUCCUAGACAGUUUUCAUAGUUUGCUCCACGCUCCUCUACUUGCCAGAGUUUAAGACCCAGCUCAAAUCUUAAUGGUGUUUUGAAAUUUUUCAUGAAAAAAAUUACCUCUUCAUUUUUCACAUCAGUAUUUUUGUCUUAGCUUUUCUUUUAUUUUCUUAAAUAAAUCUAAUUUAUUCUCCAAAAAAAUGUGAAGUCUAAGACGAUCCAGUCCAACAUGAUGUAAGAGCUACAUGAUCAUCAGAAAUGCAACCCCCUUCUUUCUGUAGAAGCUGCCAAUGCAACUCACUUACCAGAGUGCUCGCUGAGCAGACUGGUGCUCUGGGUUCCAUCCCUAGCACCACAUAAUGGGAUGUGGUGGUACAUGCUUGUAACAACUCUUAGAAAGCAGGGGCAAGAAGAUCUGGAGUCCAAGAUCAUCCUUGGGUACCCAGCAUCUUCUGGGCUGCCCUGAAGUACAUAAGACCUUAGCACAAUGAAAGAGGAGGCUGGAGGAAGAGAAGAGGGUUUCACCUAAGUAAUCCCGUAUCUUUGUUUCCCAGGGAUAAUUUGGGGUCCUAAGCAUGCCAGGAAUUAAAGUAUAUAUUCAAAGUAGAAAUCCUAGUGCUUCGAGAUUCUCUUUUGUUGAAAACAAAUGGAAGCAUGGUUGGGGAUGUAGCUCAGUGGCAUAGUGCUUAUCUUGAAUUUCAGAUCUCUGUGAGUUCAAGGCCAGCCUACUCUACAUAGCAAGUCCUAGGCUAGCCAAGACUAUAUAGUAAGACCCUGUCUCAACAAAAACAGAGGGGGGUGGGGUUAAAAUGUGAAGUUGAAGCAAAGACGUUGAUGAGAGAGGUCAGGUAACUAGGUAACUAGGUAAGUGAAAGAUCCUGAUGGUCACAGGCUAAAAGACUUGAUAUUUUCAGCACCGUAGUUUCUUCCCUAAGUAAUAAAUAUAUGCAAAGAAAUCAUAUUUGUAGAGUUUUGACAGCCCAAUUCUAAAAUUUAUUUUAAAAUCCAAAGAGUUUAAGGAUUUCUAAAGUAAUUAUGACCCCAGAGAAAGGAAAAUCAUUAGUACCUUAUUUUACAACUUAUCACAAAUAUUCGUAAUCAAGGUGGUGUGGGUACUGGCAUAAUAUAAAUGAAUAGAAUAAAGUAAAGUGUCCUGAAUCAGCUUGCAUUCAUAGAUAGAUGGAUGACCAGGCUUUUGUUUUGUUUUGUUUUAGCAGAAGUGUAUAAUUAAAUACGGAAAUGAACUUCAGUAAACUAGUAUAGGGGCAGGAAAACAACUUUGUCGGAUUCAUUUGGUGGUUAUUAUUUGGUGGUUUUUUGUUGUUACUUUUCCUGCUCGCCUGGGACCUGGAGAUGAAGCCCGGGCCAUCACACUUGCACAGCAAGUACUUUUACCCACAUUGCUGUCUUGUUAGCCCCAAAUGCCAGAAUAUGGGGGGUGGGGGGGAGACCUUGAUCAUUACUUUCCUCUUAGGUAAAAAAAUUAAUUCAAGAAUACCAUGAAACUAAAUAUAAAAGUUUUAAUUUCUAAGAGAAAACAUAAAAGAAAUCAUUUGUAACUUCAGUAAGCAAAAGUUUUUCAAGUCAAAAAAAAAAAAAUACUAAUUAUAAAAGAAACAGUUGAGCCAGUUGGUGGUGCACACACCUUUAAUCUCAGCACUUGGGAAGCACAGAGGUGGAUCUCUGAGUUCGAGAUUAGCCUGGUUUACAUAGUAAAUUCCAGGACAACUAAGGUUACACAGACAAACCCAGUCUCAAAAAACGAAAUAAAUAACAGUUGAUAUAAAUUAAAAAUAACCUCGUUUCAAAAGACAUCAUUUACCAAUACCAAAGAGUAUACUCCAAGCAAAGGAUAUAAGGGUAUUUUUAAUAACUGUAUCAGUAGCGACUCGUAUCCCAGAUGUAGAAAGAACUCCUGUAACUAAAUAAUAAAAAGAUAAACAGCCUAAUUUUUUUAAUUGUUAGGAAAAAUUUUGUCUACCUAAUAGAUACCCAACUAUUACAAACUAACUGGUAAAAGAAGUACAUGAAAAGAUGCUUAACAGUUUUCAUCCUCGGGAUAAUAGAAAUUCAAACCACGUUUCUCCACUAGAAUAAUUAAGUUAGAAUGGUGAAUGCCAGAGCAGUCUAGCCAGUUUGGAAAACAGUUUGGCAGAAUCUUUAAAAAAUAAACACAAGCAACCAACCUUAUUCCUUCAGUAUUUAACUAAGUUAACGUAAGUGUAUGCUUAUCCAAAGAUUUAUACUCAGGUGUUUAUAGAACUUUUGUUCCUAGUAGCCAGAAGCUGGGAAAUGGAAACAUUUAUCAGAUGGUGACUUAGUGAGUGAACACUGUUCAUUGGGCUGUUCCUGUGCACUAGCAGAGCUCUAGUGGAACAUCAGUACACUUGCAGAGAGUACGGAUGAAAGCUCUGCAGUGUGCUAAGGGAAAGAGCCGGACUCACAGAACCACACAUGGCAAGCUUCUCUGGGUGUAGAAUCCUGGACCUGACAGCUCUAUUGGCAUAACAAGUCCUUAAAGUCUAGGGACUAGGGAGCAGGAGAGAGAGAAUUGGUACCAGAGGAGCAUCAGUUGUCUCAGUGAGUGUUUUACUGCUGUGAACAGACACCAUGACCAAUACAGCUCUUAUAAAGGACACCAUUUAAUUGGGCCUGGCUUACAGGUUCAGAGUGCAGUCAUUAUCACCAAGGUGGAAAUAUGGCAGCAUCCAGGCAGGCAUGGUGCAGGAGGAGCUGAUCUGAAGGCUGCUAGCAAAAUACUGGCUUCCAGGCAGCUAGGAUGAGGGUCUUAAAGCCUACAGCCACAAUGACACCUACUCCAACAGGGCCACACCUUCUAAUAGUGCCACUCCCUGGGCAGAGCAUAUAAAACAACAGUGAUGGACAGAGUUCUGUAUAGUUGUGGUUAUAACAUUAUAGAUUUUAAAAGUUUUCAUUUUAUACAGAAUUGGUGGAUUUUUUAUUAGCAUAUCUUAUUGAAUUAGUGGAUUUUAUAUUAGUGGGUUAUUCCUUAGUAAAGCUGAUUGAUUAUAAAUGGUUAAGAGAUGACCAUAUGUGUCACUAAAGAAGACUAAAUGACUUUUGGUCAUAUAAAAACUAUUUAGCAUCGCUAGUCAUAGUGGCAAUCCUAACUAGAGCCCUAAUGAUACUUAAGUACUCUCCACCCAUGGAAUGGCCGUGUGUGUAUCAAGACUCUGGGGCUGAGGAGUGCCUGGUAUACACUAACACUGCUGGCAGAAGUGUAAAAUGGUACAGUUGCUUUGGAAAGUAGUUGGUAGUCUCUUAGAAAGUUAAGCAUUAACAUUUACAUCACCAUUCUGCUCAGGAGUGCUGAGGUUUCUAUAGAAGUCAUUGAAUUCUCUUCAAGUAGACACUAUUACAAUGGUUUUCAACCUUCCGAAUCCUAUGACCCUUUAACAUGGUUCCUCAUGUUGUGGUAACUCCCAACCAUAAAAUAACUUUGUUGCUACUUCAUAAUUGUAAUUUUGUUAUUGUUAUGAAUCGUAGUGUUAAUAUCUGUGUUUCCUGAUGGUCUUAGGCAGCCCCUGUGAAAGGGGUAAAAACCACUCACUACUCACAGGGUAAAAACCACUACACUUAAGUCGUACUUCAGUCAAGUGAUUUUGUAAAUCCUAAUUGCAAAAUUUCUGAGUGCUCUGGAAGAAUCAAGUCACUUGUGUGUAAAAUAGAAAAUAGACGUGUGGCUAGAGAGAAGACUCAGCUAUUAAGAGUGGUGGCGCACGCCUUUAAUCCCAGCACUUGGGAGGCAGAGGCAGGAGGAUUUCUGAGUUCGAGGCCAGCCUGGUCUACAAAGUGAGUUCCAGGACAGCCAGGGCUACACAGAGAAACCCUACCUGGAAAAAAAAAAAAAACCAAAAAACAAACAAACAAAAAAAGAGUUGCUACUUUUGUUGAAGACCUGAGUUAAGUUCACAGCACCCACAUCAGAUGAUUCAUUGUAACUAAUUCCAGCUCCAGAGAAUCUGAUACCCUCUUCAGAACUCCAAGGGCACCUGUACACCACAUAAUUUUAAAAUAAUAAUUAAAAAAAAACUCCAAAAAAGAAAAUAAGAAUCAUUUAGUCUAGUUCUUGUACUUUGAGAAGCAUUUUCCUGAAGAAUUUGUUAGACAAGGCUUUGGGAUAAUGAAAAAUAGUCAUCAGAAAUACAGUAGUUUUAAAGACUACAGUAGAGUUACAUAGCAUUUUACCCAUGAUGUAGUAAGUUGGAGCUAAGGACAUGACUUCAUGUGUAAAGUGUUUGGUGUGUAAGCAUGACCUGAGCUUAGAUUUCCCCACACCCAUUUAAAAGCUGUGCAUGUGGGCAUGUGCCUGUAACUUCAGUUUUGGAGGCUGAAGACAGGGCAGAUCCCAGGAACUCUAGCCAAAGUGGUGAGCUCUCAACUCUAUGUGUCUCAGAACAUAAGGUGGAGGGAAGUGGUGUGGCAGAGAAAGGCCUCUAGAGGGGACACAACAGAUGAGAGUACCUGCACAUAUGUGCAUACACUGUACACCCCCCAAGGGUGCCAUAGAUGUUAUAGUUAUUUAUAUUACUUAGCAGUAGUAGGUUUGUGUCCAGUAGACUAUUAAUAGUACUGCCAUUAUCAUAGCAAAGCUUGAAAACAAUCCUAAAUGUCUCUUAGCAGUAAAAUAGAUAACUUGUAACUUCGUUGUUACAGGUUAACAUUUUCUGACUCAUUGAACAUUUUCUGGCUUGUGCAAUAAUGUACAUUGGUCAUUUUGUAAGUAAAUAAGUAAAGUAAGAUAAGUUUGUCAUAAGUUUGGUUACAUGAAGCUCAGAGUAGUAGCCAGUUGUGUGUGGGUUAUUAACUAGGCGUUGGUACAUUGAGUGAUUUAGGUUUGUGAAAGCCCACUGGAUUAUAUCAUUAACAGUUACACACUUCCCUUUAAGUAAGUUACAUGUCACUGAAAAUUACUUAAAUAAAAAUGUACACCAAAUUUAAAAAGAGGUGACAAGUGUCCAAAGGUGGUAUUGAAACAUUAACUGAUAGCAUCUUUGGCAUAUAGAUUUUCAUGGAGGGAUUUUCUUUCUAUACAGUUUUCAAAUAACUUAAACUUUCUGCUUAAGCAAAUGUUUUAUGUUAUGAAAAUGAAGCAUGGUGUUACUUUGUGAGGUUGGGUAUGGGAGUGCACACCUCUAGUGUUGACACUUAGGAAACAACAAGCGAGUUCAAACAAGACUUGCAAGUUCAAGGUCAGCCUAAGCUAUAAAGUAGGUUCCAGGCCAGACUGCUGAUGACACUGUCUCAAAAAACCCAAACAAAGAAAAACAGCCAAAUGUGAACUAGGAUUUUCACAAAUGACCAUGCUUUAUUACGUUGGUAUUUGAUCCUCAUUUUUUUAUGUACUUAGAGACAGGGUAUCACCAUACAACUCUUGCCUAGACUUUGCUAUGUAGACCAGGCUAGCCUCAAACUCAUGGAGCUGCACCUCCAGAGACAGUGAUUAAAGCAGUGUUAGGUAAGGCUAGCCUCGAGCUGGUAGCAGUCCUCCUAUCUCAGCCUCUGGGUUCCAGGCUUGUACUACCAUGCUUAGCUGUUCUUGCAUUGUCUUAACUUUUCAGUAGGUUAUGUGAUCUGGUAGUCCAAAACUCAAAAGAAAGAGUAUAUAUACAGUCGAAAGUACCUUUCCUCCUUACCCACACUCCUGAGAGUGGUAUGUUCUUCAAGUUAGGAAAUAUGCUAAACUCCCCCUUUUCCUCCUUUCUUUAUCUCUUUCUUCCUUUUCCUCCCACCCCUGUCUUUUGUGGUUCUAGGGACUGAACCAAAGAGCCCAUGUGUACCAAGCAGGUACCUACCUACCACUGAGCCAUGCCCCAACAUUUUUUAACUUUUUACAUUUGAGUCCAGGUUUCACUAAGUUGCCCAGGCUGGCUGGCCUUGAUUCACCCGAGUGUUGUAUGGCACUGUUCCUGGGAAGACAUGAAUAAACAUCUAGGAAACACACAGAGGAAACCCAUGGAAAACCAAAUUAAUGAUGAGGCUGGCCGAGAUGCUGAUGUUGGUACCAGGGAGCACGUGGGCCCUAGCAGCUCCCUGCCGCCCCGGGAAGAGAAGCAGGAGCCAGUUGUGGUAAGGCCCUAUCCACAGGUACAGAUGCUGCCUGCACACCAUGCUGUCGCCUCAGCCACCCCUGUCGCAGUGACAGCCCCGCCAGCACACCUGACACCAGCAGUACCACUCUCUUUUUCGGAAGGACUUAUGAAGCCGCCCCCGAAGCCUACCAUGCCUAGCCGUCCCAUUGCGCCUGCUCCCCCUUCUACCAUGUCACUUCCCCCGAAAGUUCCCGGGCAGGUUACUGUUACCAUGGAGAGCAGCAUCCCUCAAGCUUCAGCCAUUCCCGUGGCAACAAUCAGUGGACAACAGGGGCAUCCCAGUAACCUGCAUCACAUUAUGACCACAAAUGUGCAGAUGUCCAUAAUCCGCAGCAACGCUCCCGGGCCCCCACUUCACAUUGGAGCUUCCCACUUACCUCGAGGUGCAGCUGCUGCCGCUGUGAUGUCCAGCUCUAAAGUAACUACAGUCCUGAGGCCAACUUCACAGCUGCCAAAUGCUGCUACGGCGCAGCCAGCAGUACAGCACCUCAUUCACCAGCCAAUCCAGUCUCGGCCACCUGUGACCACCUCCAGUACAAUCCCUCCUGCUGUAGUAGCAACAGUCUCAGCCACCAGAGCGCAGUCUCCUGUCAUCACUACGACAGCGGCCCACGCGGCUGACUCGACGCUCAGUCGGCCCACUUUAUCUAUCCAGCAUCCACCAUCUGCAGCCAUUAGUAUCCAGCGUCCUGCACAGUCUCGAGAUGUGACAACAAGAAUCACACUACCUUCUCAUCCUGCGUUAGGGACUCCGAAACAGCAGCUCCAUACAAUGGCUCAGAAAACCAUCUUUAGUACUGGCACACCAGUGGCUGCAGCUACAGUAGCACCUAUUCUGGCAACCAACACGCUUCCUUCAACAACCACAGCUGGAUCUGUGUCGCACACACAAGCUCCCACAAGUACAAUUGUUACCAUGACAAUGCCCUCCCAUUCAUCCCAUGCUACUGCUGUGACCACUUCAAAUAUCCCAGUUGCUAAGGUGGUGCCCCAGCAGAUCACACACACUUCCCCUCGGAUCCAGCCUGAUUACCCUCCAGAGAGGAGUAGCCUGAUUCCCAUUUCCGGCCAUCGGGCCUCUCCAAAUCCAGUGGCCAUGGAAACCCGAAAUGACAACAGACCUUCCGUUCCUGUUCAGUUCCAGUACUUCUUGCCAACUUACCCACCCUCUGCCUACCCGCUGGCUGCACACACCUACACCCCCAUCACCAGCUCUGUGUCCACUAUCCGGCAGUACCCAGUUUCUGCUCAAGCCCCAAACUCCACCAUCACAGCUCAAACUGGUGUUGGUGUAGCAUCUACAGUCCACCUGAACCCCAUGCAGCUGAUGACAGUGGAUGCCUCACAUGCCCGACAUAUCCAGGGGAUCCAGCCAGCACCCAUCAGUACACAGGGAAUCCAGCCAGCCCCCAUUGGGACAUCAGGGAUCCAGCCAGCACCAAUUGGCACCCCAGGAAUCCAUUCAGCAGCCCCAAUCAACACUCAGGGGCUUCAGCCAGCAGCAAUGGCUAAUCAGCAGCCACAGCCUGAGGGGAAAACCUCAGCAGUGGUGUUGGCAGAUGGAGCUACAAUUGUAGCCAACCCUAUUAGCAACCCAUUCAGUGCUGCUCCAGCGGCAACCACAGUGGUCCAGACACACAGUCAGAGUGCUAGCACCAACACACCAGCCCAGGGCUCUUCUCCCCGGCCCAGCAUACUGCGGAAGAAACCUGCCACAGAUGGGAUGGCAGUCCGGAAAACUCUCCUCCCUCCUCAGCCUCCUGACGUGGCUACUCCUCGAGUAGAAAGCUCUAUGCGGAGUGCUUCUGGGUCACCUAGACCUGCAGGUGCCAAACCUAAAUCCGAAGUGCAUGUGUCUAUAGCCACUCCAGUUACAGUGUCCUUGGAGACCAUAUCCAAUCAAAAUGCCGAACAGCCUACCGUUGCUGUCCCUCCGACUGCCCAGCAGCCUCCACCGACCAUUCCCAGCAUGAUUGCGGCAGCCAGUCCUCCAUCCCAACCAGCCAUUGCCCUUUCCACCAUUCCCGGAGCCGUGCCUGUCACUCCACCCAUCACCACCAUUGCUGCCACACCAACGCUGUCAGCCCCAGUGGGCGGCACUCCUUCCACGGUCCUGGGGCCUCCUGUUCCUGAGAUCAAAGUGAAGGAAGAAGCGGAGCCAGUGGACAUCACCAGGCCUGUCUCCACAGUCCCUCCUCUGGCCACCAACACGGUGUCUCCAUCUCUUGCUUUGCUGGCAAGCAACCUGUCCAUGCCUCCAAGUGACCUCCCACCUGGUGCCUCCCCAAGGAAAAAGCCUCGAAAGCAGCAGCACGUGAUCUCGACAGAGGAGGGGGAUAUGAUGGAGACAAACAGCACUGACGAUGAGAAGUCCGCUGCCAAGAGUCUCCUGGUAAAGGCUGAGAAGCGCAAGUCUCCUCCCAAAGAGUACAUUGAUGAGGAAGGUGUGAGGUAUGUCCCAGUGCGACCCAGACCUCCCAUUACUUUGCUACGUCACUAUCGGAACCCCUGGAAAGCUGCUUAUCACCACUUUCAGAGGUACAGUGACGUCCGGGUCAAAGAGGAGAAGAAAGCUAUGCUACAGGAAAUAGCUAAUCAGAAAGGAGUGUCCUGCCGUGCCCAGGGCUGGAAAGUUCACCUCUGUGCUGCCCAGUUACUACAGCUGACAAAUCUAGAACACGACGUUUAUGAAAGACUCACCAACCUACAGGAAGGGAUUAUCCCAAAGAAAAAGGCAGCGACUGAUGACGAUCUACAUCGAAUAAAUGAGCUGAUACAGGGAAACAUGCAGCGGUGUAAACUAGUGAUGGACCAAAUCAGUGAGGCCAGAGACUCUAUGCUUAAGGUUCUGGAUCACAAGGACCGGGUGCUGAAGCUGCUCAACAAGAACGGGACGGUCAAGAAGGUGUCAAAGUUGAAGCGGAAGGAGAAGGUGUAGGCCGGAAGAAUCAGGACUCGGAAACAGAAUUUAUGAAGAAUGAUGCUGCGGGGGUCGGGGGGGAGGGGGAGAGGGCUUUGCUACUUUGACAAUGGAGCAUUGAAUUACAGGACACUUUUCUUCAUUCACUUGAGGAAGCAGAUCUGGUGGCACAGAAGGAUCAGAACUGGACUGACGUGCCGAGUCCUCCUUCCUCCAGACGCACACCUAUUGCACCUCAGUUUUCAGGGACUCCAGACACUUGGUGACACAGAUGGCCGGCUGAGGUUUCAGCCUUUCAGCCCAUAGACUGUAUUUAUCUGGUGGAUUCCUGUAGGGCCUGAGCUGAGCCUGGACUGAAAGUAUCCACUUGGACAAUCUAUCCUCUCUAGACUAAACAUAAAACCUCUUCUUACCCCAGUCACUUCUCCUGUUUGACUGUCCAGUGCCCAAGUUGGCCUUCUACAGUGGUGCCACAGCACCCAGAGAACUGCCACAUCUCACGCAAAAGGAUCCAGCGAUCAGUUCUUGUCAUUUUCAAAAGAACCAUUUCCAAGUGACACUGUUACACUGUCUGCCCUGCCUGUGUCAGAGCUGGAUUCUUGUGGAGGUUGAGAGCAGACAACACUAACUGCUCUGGGAUCCUGUUCUAGAGGACAUUUCAGUUAUCUGUCCUUCCCUACCGUGUGAUGCUGUUAGUCAUAUGUACCACGCAUCUCCAAACAUCAAUAAAGGACUAGAAGAGGUUUUUGUAGAUGA